CCCCUUUCAAUGACGGAAAUAUUGCGUCACGAAAAACAUGGUGGAUUAGUGUGUGUGCAUGGAGUCCGCUACCUGCCACUCGACGUCAAUUAAAGAAAGCUUAAUUCUUCCAGCAAACGACAUAUUCUUGAAGAGGUCAAAAUGUUUCGUCGGUCAAGAUUUAGUAUUCGACCCAACGUCGGUACGGCAGGGAGAACACCAGCAACAACUCAGGAUGCCACUUCAGUAAAUCAGGAAGCCAGUGAGAACCCCCAAAGCGUCAGUGAGAGCAGCACUGCUACUGCUGUGACAGAUAACAAGUCUGUUGUGACCCCAUCAGAAAAACCUACUGCCCCAGGGGAUGGUAAUGACCAAAAUGGGGAAGGCACCAGCUCCUCAGCUGCAGUCCAGAGAAGGAAGCGGUUUUCUAUCAAGCCCAAAGUGGCUCCAGGCCGCCCCUCCAGCCUUGCUCGGACACCAAAGUCACCGGUCAAGGCAGUCUCUGAAACUCCUGUUGAAGUCCCUUGCUCAGAACUUGACAAGUCAACAACGUCCAGCCAAACUGGGACUACAGCAGCCCCUCAGGGACUCAAGUCCCCAAGGCGACGGAGGCCUUCAGAAGAGAGCAAGCAGCCCACAGAGCAACCUAAACCCACCCUCAUCUCAUCUGACAAUUCGGGACCUUUAGCUGUAUCUCCAGCUGAAGACUCGCUAGAACAAAUCCACCUGCCAGCAGACAGCGGCAAACAAUUAGAAAUCACGUCAAAUAGUCAAGUUAAAGAAGUUCCCCCCAGACUAAAAGAGAAAGCCCCCCCAUCUUUACCAGACAAAGAACAUAUUGAGAUAUCAGAGAAAGCCAAGACUCUAGUGUCAUCUAAGAGUGGGCUUUCACUGUCACCACCAGCGUUCUCCUUGAGCAGACUCCUGAAUGACCCAUCAGACUUACAGAGGCUUGCAAAGGCCCAAAAGCUCAGAGAGUUGCUCAGACAGGAGAUGCACAAAGAGAAGAAAAUCAAGAAAACAAAGGCACGUGCAAAAGAAUUUACUUUAGAUCCUGCAAAAAUGACCAUGAGGGACCUCAUCCGUUAUCUACCAGUGUCUAACCCCAUGACAUCUAGUUUAGAAGACUCUGCUCAGGAGAAUGAGACGGUGGUCCCACCUUCUCCAGGAAGAGAAGUGUCACCAGAGAGAGCGCAGGAACUUGAAGUCCACCCUAAAAUUGCAAGUCCGAGGGAGGAGGAAGAGGAGGAGGCAGAGGAAGAACAGGAAGAAGCUCUCAUGGUUCCUCAAGUCAAAGUAGCAGAGGAUGGCUCACUGAUCAUUGACGAAGAGAGCCUGACAGUGGAAGUCCAGCGAGCAAAAGGGCCAAACCCAGCACAGGAACGAGACCCUAUCUUUGAGCGUGGCUCUACUACAACUUACUCAAGCUUCAGGAAAGGGACCCAUUCGAAACCCUGGUCCAGUGAAGAGACAGACAUGUUCUUCCUGGCAGUUAGCAUGGUGGGAACAGACUUUUCCAUGAUUUGUCAACUGUUUCCUCACAGAGCACGAUCAGAGAUAAAGAACAAAUUCAAAAAAGAAGAGCGAGAGAAUGCCUGGAGGAUUGACAAAGCUUUCAGAGAGAGGCGCAAACUGGACAUAGAGUAUUUUUCUAAGCUGCUGGAUAAGAUUAUGGAAGUUCAGAAAAAUAGGAAGAAACUCAAGUCACUUGCAGAGAAGAACUCCCCCAAGAAGCACAAGAGAAAGGCAAAGGGCAAAGCUGCAAAGAAGCUGAGUGACGUGGAGGAGGAAAAUGAGGAAGUGGAGAAUAAAAUUCCUGACUUGGAGGAGGAGGGAGAGAAAGAGAAUGAGGACCUCUGUAAUGAGGGUGGAACACCUGUUUCUAAGCCUAAGAAGAAACGCAAAAGAAAUAAUAGACAGGAGGCCUUGACUGAGGAACCAAAUGACAAGAAAAACAAAACGGGUGAAAAAAGCAAUGAACAAGAUGACGCCUACACACCCGAAGACGCUGAAGCAGCACUUCCUGAAGACUGUACUAAUUUCGACAUAUCUGAUAAGACUGAGUCUAUGAAUUCAGCCAAGGACACCGCAAUCAAGCCAGCUAAACUCUCACGAGGAAGAGCACCUAAGCCAGUACUGCCUUUGGGCCGGAAGUGGGGUAAAAAGCCUCCACCACCCUCUACAAAGGCCAAAGAUACUGCGCCAGAUAAAGGGGACGAGAGUGUGAGUGAUGAAGCCUCUAAAAAGCAGGUAGAUAAUGAUACAUCACCUUUAAGGCAAGCCACUAAGAGGUCAGCUGAUGACAUUUCUUCUGAAGAAGAGGAUGCCACAGUUCAACCUCCAAGACCUACCAGGUAUGGGAGAGUGCCCAAACCCACCAAGCCCUUGACUUACCCUGCCAAAGAGAGUGCACACUCCUCUUCGUCUGAAACCACUCCUGCCUCACCAGGAGUUUCUGCUCCCAGGCCUAAACACAAAUGCACAGCCAAGAGGGGAAGAUUAUCAAAGUCACAAUCAUCCCAAGAGUCCAAAAAGCCCAAACUAGUCACCCUCAGAGCUUCGCAGUCAGAAUACAGUGAUGAGGAGAAUGAAAACCAGUGGGACGAAGAAGAGAUGGAGGAGGAGCAGCACCCUGCAUGUAGCUCCAGUAAGGACAGCAUUGCCCCUGUUUUUGUGCCUGUCAGCCUGCGUUCCCCACAUCCUGUAAUAUCAGAAGUGGAAGAGACUAUGGAGGAGCUUGAUAUCUUGGCCAAUAUACCUGAUGUGUUGGGCAUCUCCCAAGAUGCACUGUGCCCUGAUGCCUCUUUUGAGCUGGCACAAAAUGACACUGAACCAUGUGAACAUCAGUUGGACCUGCUGGUUGAUGUUAUAGACUUUCUUUCUUCAGAACACACAGAAGCAUCUGAGGAUGAGAGCUACAAUGAGGCUGCUCAAACCCUGUUGACUAUCGGCAACCUGGCUCACCUCUCUCAAUCAGCACAGAAUCAAAUAGCCACACAAGAUCACAUAUCCGGUACAACGUCAGUCAGUGUGAAAGAAACCAGCCAACACCGAGAAGAAGAGAUUUUAUCAAAGCCUGCUGCACAAGAGGAAAACAGUGCUGUUCCUCAUAUGGCUGCAACUCCUGGUCAUGGAGUCACAGAAACAUCCGAAACCAUUGCCACUGUGGAGCUACAAAACAGAACAAAAGACGAUGGUGAAACUAGUGUCCUCUGGACAGAUUCUGAUAUGGACCCUAAACCUCAACUGCAGUCAAGUCCAGAGAGCUCAAAGAAAAAUUCUCCAAAAACCAGGAGAGGACGCGUUUCCAAGGUGAAACCAAAACCUAACCUAGACCAAGCCUCAAAGACUGCUCAGUCAAAAUUCCAACCAGAGACAUCAACAGUAAGGACAGCUGAAGAGAGCCACACAAUUGCCCCUCAACUUUCUCAAGCCACUGAGACAGCUGCCAAAGUAUCCCCUAAGAUAGCAGAUUGUAGUCAACAAUUGUUAAAAGAUGAAAUCAAACUUACAAAAGAACCAUCUAGCACCCAAUUGGAACCCAUUUUGGAACAGGCCACCAGACACUCAAGGUCAACAUCUGAGUCCAAGCAUGAUAUACUGAUGUCAAAUGUUGGGACAACUAAGAGUAGUUAUAACCUGGUGACAUUUGACCCAGUGGUCACAGAAUCGCAUAUUGGACAAGGGACUAAUAUAGACUCAGCCCCAGUCCAAGAGAGCAGCGACCAUCCUGCUUCAUGUGUUACACCUGCGGAAGAUUUACCUGUCAGUCAGAAAGAAGAGAGUGAGGAAACACCAACUCGCCAGACCAGGAAGAGUCGAUUCCAGAAAGUCAAACCCAAACCCAACCUAACACCGACAUCAAGAACCGUACAUUCCAAACCUCAAACUACAAAAGACACUUCAGAUAAAGACUCCAACCAAACUCUAAACCCCAAAUUACAUGAAACAACAGUAGCAACAGUAGAGCUUGAAGCAGAACCAACUUGCACCGCCUCUCCUGAAAAACCAAGUCAAAGCACUGGUCCUGCCUCAGAUCUCAUACCAUCAUUGGAUUUAGGCUCUAAUCUUACACCCACAGAGGAACUAUGUGCAAGAGAUAUUGUUCAAGUAGAAUCAGAUGCAGCAACAUCAGAUCAUAGUGCCUCAGAAAACCGGUACUUUUUUGAUUCCAAGUUUGAAUCUAGUGUGGAACAGAACAGAGAUGCAAGGCCAACAUCCACAGAUGAAAAAACAAUGUCCCAUGCUGGUACAACUGAGAGUAGUUGUAGUAAUCCACUGACAUCCGACUCAGCCACAGGAUCACAAGUUGGACAAGACUCAAACAUAGAGUCAGCCCUUGUCCAAGAAAGUAGCGACCAUCCUGCUCCACGUGUUACACCGAUAGAAGGGUUACCUGUCAGUCAGGAAGAAGUGAUGGAUAUCGCACCAACUCGCCAGACCAGGAAGAGUCGAUUCCAGAAAGUCAAACCCAAACCCAACCUAGUACGGACAUCAAGAACCGUACAUUCCAAACCUCAAACUACAAAAGACACUUUAGAUAAAGACUCCAACCCAACUCUAAACCCCAAAUUACAUGAAACAACAGUAGCAACAGUAGAGCUUGAAGCAGAACCAACUUGCACCGCCUCUCCUGAAAAACCAAGUCAAAGCACUGGUCCUGCCUCAGAUCUCAUACCAUCAUUGGAUUUAGGCUCUAAUCUUACACCCACAGAGGAACUAUGUGCAAGAGAUAUUGUUCAAGUAGAAUCAGAUGCAGCAACAUCAGAUCAUAGUGCCUCAGAAAACCGGAACUUUUUUGAUUCCAAGUUUGAAUCUAGUGUGGAACAGAACAGAGAUGCAAGGCCAACAUCCACAGAUGAAAAAACAAUGUCCCAUGCUGGUACAACUGAGAGUAGUUGUAGUAAUCCACUGACAUCCGACUCAGCCACAGGAUCACAAGUUGGACAAGACUCAAACACAGAGUCAGCCCUUGUCCAAGAAAGUAGCGACCAUCCUGCUCCACGUGUUACACCGAUAGAAGGGUUACCUGUCAGUCAGGAAGAAGUGAUGGAUAUCGCACCAACUCGCCAGACCAGGAAGAGUCGAUUCCAGAAAGUCAAACCCAAACCCAACCUAGUACGGACAUCAAGAACCGUACAUUCCAAACCUCAAACUACAAAAGACACUUUAGAUAAAGACUCCAACCCAACUCUAAACCCCAAAUUACAUGAAAAAGCAACAGUAGAGCUUGAAGCAGAACCAACUUGCACCGCCUCUCCUGAAAAACCAAGUCAAAGCACUGGUCCUGCCUCAGAUCUCUUACCAUCAUUGGAUUUAGGCUCUAAUCUUACACCCACAGAGGAACUAUGUGCAAGAGAUAUUGUUCAAGUAGAAUCAGAUGCAGCAACAUCAGAUCAUAGUGCCUCAGAAAACCGGAACUUUUUUGAUUCCAAGUUUGAAUCUAGUGUGGAACAGAACAGAGAUGCAAGGCCAACAUCCACAGAUGAAAAAACAAUGUCCCAUGCUGGUACAACUGAGAGUAGUUGUAGUAAUCCACUGACAUCCGACUCAGCCACAGGAUCACAAGUUGGACAAGACUCAAACAUAGAGUCAGCCCUUGUCCAAGAAAGUAGUGACCAUCCUGCUCCACGUGUUACACCGAUAGAAGGGUUACCUGUCAGUCAGGAAGAAGUGAUGGAUAUCGCACCAACUCGCCAGACCAGGAAGAGUCGAUUCCAGAAAGUCAAACCCAAACCCAACCUAGUACGGACAUCAAGAACCGUACAUUCCAAACCUCAAACUACAAAAGACACUUUAGAUAAAGACUCCAACCCAACUCUAAACCCCAAAUUACAUGAAAAAGCAACAGUAGAGCUUGAAGCAGAACCAACUUUCACCGCCUCUCCUGAAAAACCAAGUCAAAGCACUGGUCCUGCCUCAGAUCUCUUACCAUCAUUGGAUUUAGGCUCUAAUCUUACACCCACAGAGGAACUAUGUACACGAGAUAUUGUUCAAGUAGAAUCAGAUGCAGCAACAUCAGAUCAGAGUGUCUUGGAAAACCAGAACUUCUCUUAUGCUCAAUUUGAAUCUAGUGUCAAACAGGACACCAGAAACACAAGGCCAACAUCCACAGAUGAAAAACCGAUGUCCCAAGCUGGUACAACUGAGAGUACUUGUAGUAAUCCACUUACAUCUUGCUCAGCAACAGGAUCACAAGUUGGAAAAGACUCAAACAUAGAGUCAGCCCCUGUCCAGGAAAGCAGCGAACAUCCUGCUCCAUGUGAUAUACCUGUAGAAGAGGUACUUGUCAGUCAGAAAGAAGGGAUGGAUACCGCAUCUACUUGCCAGACUAGGAGAGGUCGAUUACAAAAAGUCAAACCCAAGUUAUCACAGAUAUCAAGAACUGUGUGGUCUAAACCUCAAACUACAAAAGACCCUGUUACAUACAUGCUUGUAGAGAAACCCUCAAAUCCACCUUCCAGACCUGAAUCCACUGACAACACAAUAACAGAGGGAGAAGCACAGCCAACAUGCAGUAGCACCCCUCCUGAAAAACCAGGCCAAAUUAAAAGUACUACCACUGAUUCAGUUUUGGUACCAUUGUUGGAAUUAGACUCAACUCACAAAUCCACAGAGGAAUUUCAUUCAACUGAGGCCCAAAAGACAAAUGUUAGUAGUGCACUAGACUUAAACUCAGAGGGCUCAGAACAAAAUGCACCUCAAAGAAGGCAACGCUUUCCCAAGGUCAAACCCAAUUUAGGAUCAUCCACUAGAACUACCCAAGCAAAACUUCACUUAAAUUACACUAGUAAACCCUCAGAACAGUACCAUAUGGACACAUCUUCAAAUGUAACCUCAGAACAACUUUCUGUGGACAAGAACGAUGCACAUACAGAACUGAAACUCGCAGAGAAAAACAGCAAGCACUUGACAUCAACACAUUGUUCAUUACAUUCAGAACUUCUCAGCUCAACAAAUUUAGGACCCUCAGAGUCACUAGACAGCACAAAUGAUGAGCGUACUUCCUCUGAUUGUAUCACUAUAGCAACAUCCUGGGUUGCUGAGAAUCAGUCUAUGUUGACAGACUCAGUUCUUGAACAUAGGGGUAGUGAAACACCUACAUUUGAAGAGGAAUCCAUAGGGGAUACAAUGUCAAAUAAUGACAAGGUGGAGGCUGGACCGGGUUCUCAAUGGGACUGCAAACAGGACUUGUCCAUUAGAGUUACAGCGACAAAUACCCAACUAACAGAUGAUCCAACUGCAGUUUCAAAUGUCCAGUCUUCAGAAGAUGGUUCAACUGUGUCAAAAAUUAAAUCUAUACUCCCUACUUACACACAGUCCAAACCAGAUGCAAAAGAAAGCACUCAGCAGCCACGUUCAGAGAAUGACUCAGAGGUUCAAAGUCAAGAUGCAGUCCAACAAUGUUCUGAAACCACUAAAACUAAUCAAACAUCUGCCCAAAGCAGUGAUGAUAAUCAGUCAGAGAAAACCGACUCUUCCAAGUCCUCAAGAAAAGCUCCUCAGACUCGUAGAGGCCGGCUAGUUAAACCCAAACCCAACCUGGCACCCAGCAGCCGACCUCCAAAACCCCAACAAGUCCGGAAUACAAAAAAAGCAGGAGCAGAUUCUGGUACUCACUCAGAAGGUGUGGAUGCUUCGGUUUCCCACAAAUCUGUGUCUGAGCUCCGACCUGACUUUCAACAACCAGUAGAGGGACCUAUUGAACAACAAAGUAUUCAAAAUCCCCACCCAAAUGAUGCUGGGUCCUCUAUUGGCUGUUUGACACAAGCACCUGACAAUUCUACUCAGGAUGCAUCAACAUCAAUUACAGGAGAGACCCAAAGUCUCACAAUAUUUCCCGACUUGCUGUCGGAGCAGGUGCCUUCAGAUCCAGAUGAACCGUUUUUCAUCCUCUCUCUGACUGAGAUCCCAGUCUGCUCAUCAGGGGAGGUGGUGGACAGUGUGUGUGAACCCUUCCCUUAUCUUCCUGUAACAGAUACAUCAAUACAGCAACAGAGUGUUCUGGGAGAGAGUUUGGCAGCAGCUGGACAUGGGUCUCUCUCUAAUGUAGCUGUGCCUGUGUCCAUGGAGGAAAGUGGUGAGACAGGCCUCAUCAAUGUAAUAGAUUUUGGGCCGGAUCCAGCUGCAUAUAAAAGUUUGAUGGAGAAUCCAGUGGAUCCACAUGAGAGGACUACAGUUCAGUCAUCCGAAUUUCCAGAGACUGUAGAGAAUAUUGAUGAGAGUGAAAUUCCCCCUACAACGCAGAGACUAAUGGGCACUAGAAGAGGAGCCAAACUGCAGGUUACGCCCAAUACUACAACGAGGAUGCGAGCCAGCAAGACCCUCGCUGCAAAGGAGUCAAUUCCAGUCCAAGCAAACACCACCCAGGACUCAGAGCUUCCUGGGCCUUCUGUGCAGCCAAAAGCCAUUAAUGAGCUCAUCACUGAGCCACAGAAAAGAAGUUGUGAGCAUACAGACAUUGAGAAGGAGACUCUAAUAGAUGGGAAAGACCAUGAAAAUAGCAGCUCAGGAGCACAAACUGCACAGACUAGGCGAACUAGUAGUAGGAAUAGAAAACCCGAAGUCUUACCUGCUUUCCCUUCUGAGACAAAGAAGACUGCCCCUUCGAGCGAUUCUCCACCUGGUAAAGCAUCUUCCAAGGGCCGUAAGGUCAAAACUCCACGCGCAGCAGGAAAACGAUCUACCCAAGCUCCUGUAGCGUCAACAUAUGAUGUCACUCCCACACCCAGUCCAACACUGCCGCAAGAGGAAACCCACUUAAUAUUGCCUCCCACAUCACCAACACAGACAGAAAUGGACAUCAAACAGACUUCUGAGCACAGUCAACUAUGCUCAGAUCCAACUUACAGCACUUCUCAAUGUACAGCUGAGGGUUCCCAGGUAAGUGAUGUUGUAGAGAGCAGCUAUAUAGAAGAGGAGGAGCCCACCAGUGUGUCUCAGUACUUCUUAAGUGACAUUUUUACAGAAGUGGAAGAAGGAUAAAAGCCAUAGAGAGUGAAAGGAGGAACGUGUUGGUGUCUUGCCUUUUAUUUUAAAUGUUUUUGUUUUGUAUGUUUGUAAAGGUUAAUUUAUAACUAAAAUAUUGGGGGGGGGGGUUGCAGUCAGUUGUAAUGACGUGAAGCUAAAUUUACUACACUGACAAAUACAUUUCAUUCAAGCACUUUGAGUGUGUACAGUAGUUUGAAUUUACUGAAAUGCCUUUUUUUUUAAAGGCCAUUGGUUCAAAUAAGUAUUAAACCAUACACAUUAAUAACUGAAACGCUGUUAAAUUGCUAGUUUGACUCAAGCAGGCUUUCCCAAUAAUUAAUUAUUCUGUUUCAAGCCUCUGAUUCCCUAAUUUGGUUAAGUACCUAUGAAAAUGUAAAUAUUGUACAAUGGCAAACUGUUAAUUGAUUAUUAUUUUUUUUUUUUUUUCUUCUCAUGUCUGUUAAGUUUUAACACAGACUGUUGUCAAACAUUGGUCUCAGGUAGAAAAACAUAACCAGAUUACUUGACAUCAUGUACAGUUCUACCUUUAGAUUUACUGUACCCUUUUUAAUGCCUCUUCUGUGUGUUUUUGUGCUCGUUUUUAAAUUAUCCCUUCUAAUCUGAAACAAAUUUUUGUUUGCAUUUGACAAAGAAGGAUGUCCUAAAAAAUGGCCUUUCCUUCUAGAAAACAAGACAUCAAACAGAAUUUCAUUUAGUAAAAACGACAUCAUUAUAUUCUGCAAUUUCACCCCAUACAGAGCAGAGGUAGUUUAGAGUAUUUUAUUUUCGACAAACUAGCAUAGGACAUUUUUAUAUACUGUAAAUAGUGUAGAUCAGUUGAACGUUAAGAGGUCCUUGUAAAGAUAUUCAGCAUUCAGAUUAUGUUUGAUACUUGAAAUAACACAUCAUGUGUUAUGUACCUUAAAUGUUUCAUUACUUAAUUAAAGGUAAAAUGUGGAAAUAUGUAAGAUCUGAAUAAAAUGUAUUCUUCCAUCAUAAUA